CCCGGGCCGGUCGGGCGCGGCGGGCCCGGCCGCUCGCUGCCUGAGGCGCUGCCCUUCGCCCCGCCGGAGCCGCUGCCGCUCCCGCCGCCAUGACCGAAGAGCCGUACGAGAAGUUCCUGGCCCCCGAGGAGCCGUGCCCGCCGCUCUCGCACCAGCACCCGCCGCGGGGCGGCAGCUUGAGCCUGAGCGAAGAGGGCUGCCUGGACGUCAGCGACUUCGGCUGCCAGCUCUCCUCCUGCCACCGCACCGACCCGCUGCACCGCUUCCACUCCAACAGGUGGAACUUGACAUCUUGUGGAACCAGCGUGGCCAGCUCAGAGUGCAGUGAGGAGCUGUUCUCCUCGGUUUCAGUCGGUGAUCAGGACGACUGCUACUCUCUGUUGGAUGACCAGGAGUUCACCUCUUUUGAUUUGUUCCCUGAGGGUAGUGUCUGCAGUGAUGUCUCUUCUUCGAUCAGCACAUACUGGGAUUGGUCAGACAGUGAGUUUGAAUGGCAGUUGCCUAGCAGUGACAUUACAAGUGGGAGUGAUGUGCUUUCUGAUGUUAUACCCAGUAUUCCCAGCUCUCCUUGUCUGCUUCCAAAAAAGAAAAACAAGCAUCGGAAUCUUGAUGAACUUCCGUGGAGUGCAAUGACAAAUGAUGAACAGGUUGAAUAUAUUGAAUAUUUGAGUCGCAAAGUCAGUACAGAGAUGGGCCUUCGAGAGCAACUUGAUAUUAUUAAAAUUAUUGAUCCUACUGCUCAGAUCUCGCCUACGGACAGUGAAUUCAUUAUUGAAUUGAACUGUCUCACAGAUGAGAAAUUGAAACAGGUGAGAAACUAUAUCAAGGAACAUGGACCUCGUCAACGGUCUGCGAGGGAAAACUGGAAGAGGAGCAGCUACAGCUGCGCAAGUACCAGUGGCGUGAGCGGCGCCAGCGCCAGCAGCAGCAGUGCCAGCAUGGUCAGCUCAGCCAGCAGCAGUGGUUCCAGUGUUGCUAACUCUGCUUCCAACUCGAGUGCCAGCAUGAGUCGAGCACACAGUGAUAGUAAUUUGUCCACGAGCGCUGCAGAAAGAAUCCGGGAUUCAAAAAAACGUUCCAAGCAACGGAAGCUGCAGCAAAAGGCCUUACGCAAGAGACAGCUGAAAGAGCAAAGACAAGCUCGUAAGGAAAGACUGAGUGGAUUGUUUCUUAAUGAAGAAGUGCUGUCUUUAAAAGUGACUGAGGAGGACCAUGAAGGAGAUGUAGAUGUUUUGAUGUGACAGGGGUGAAUUUAUCAGUGUUCUUUCUAAGCCUUAAAUGUAUUAUCCUUAUUGUUUACAUAUAUUUCUUGACCAAAUUUUGAUUAGUGUUAACAGUAUAAACCAGAUCUUUUCUCAAGUGUAAUUUUGGUAAAGAAGGUCUGAGUAUUGAGUAACUUCACCUUUUUGAGACUAAUAUUGCAAGAAAGGCUUUGGAAACUUAACUGACUUCUGAAAAGCAGCUGAAUAGGUACAAUUAUUAAGGAAUUUGAGGUGGGCACACAUGCUGACUUUCUUGCAAGACAUGACUCUAGGGGUGCUUUUGGAUGACACUAAGCAUGCAUUACUGUGCUUCAGAUUUUUGGGCUUUUUUCAGCUUAAAGUUAAUAUUUCACUUGGCUUGUUCUGUCUUUCUUUCCCACAAUGAGGAAGAUAGUUUAGCAUGUGGAAAAGUUUAGUUCUCUAGGGCUUUCUUCAGUCUUGCUCUUGGAUCAUACAAAAUCAAAGUACUGUGAUUAUCCUUUUCUAGAAGUUGGAAUUUAACUCAAACUACACAGAAAAGAAGCAGGGCUUCUAACGCAGUGAAUUUCUAACACACACAAUGCCUAAUGUGGUUCUUUAGGAAGCCAUUAGAACUCAAAACCACAACUUGUAAGCUUAGUCUUCAGAAAGUUACUUUGCUGCUCAGUAUCUUACAGUAUGGUUGUUACUAACAGUUGACCAGUACAUCCCUAGUAUUGCAAUGAAAAGACUAAAAUAAAAAGAUCUUUAUGCAUUGAAAGCACACACUAAUCUACAAUUAAGUUGUCUAGGACACUACUUACAGUAGUUAAAAAUUCUACUGGAAAUGGAAGUGCAAACAAGUGGCACGUAACCCUGGUAUUUUUUUCCCCAGAAGCAUAUUUGAAUAGAUUCACAUUGUGGGCAAGAUAACUUAAUACAGCUGUGCUUUUUAAUUGUGUGUUUAGUUGAGGAUGUGUCUUCUGUGUGGGUUGUUACACCAUUACAUGUUUCAGAAUUCUCCUCUUUUUGUUACCUGCUUUUGAAAUUUCUCUUGCUAAGAAAAUAGUGUAAAAUUAUGGCUUUCAGGUAGGGAGGUAAAAGUAGUUUUAGCCUGUUUUUCUGACAAUCCAUAAGUUAUCUUGGAACUACUUGUUACAGAACUCCAGCCCCCUCCCCCCCCCCUCAGCUGAGCUAGAAAUUAUACUUCUAAAUUCCAACAUGAAACUUAAAGUUUAUAGAAGUAUUUUCUAGUUCUGAGUUUAGGAAGUAAUUUUUCAUUGUCUUGAUGUUCAUGACUUUCACUUUGCUCUUGUGAAUUAAGGAGUUUGGCAGUUUAGUGUGGCCACUGGUGGCUGUAAUUGCAGGAUAUAGACUAAUCCUGCAGAAUUGCAUGGUCAGCUUGAUACAGGACUGUUCACAUUAAUUUUGGAUUUCCUGCAUGGACUUAGUAGCCCUUCCAGCUGAAGUGUUUUUAUCUUAGAAGUGGCAUUCCUUUUAGCCUCAAAAUAAACUGACCAGUAAAAUACCUAGUCAGACUGGUAUGUGGGAACUUACUCGCUCUUAUUGCUGCUAGACCAUGGGUACCCAGACUUGGCCAUUGACUGAUUAAAAGAUACAUAAGGUCAUUUUUAGCUCAAUUGUGAGCUAUCUCAUCUGGCCAGUUACUUGGCCACUAACCAUAAGUGACUGUUACCUGGCAAUAUUUGCUUGUACUGCCUUAUAACUGGUUGAUGCCUUCCUUCCUCCUCUAGAAAUGAUACCAAACACUUCUUAACAGUAUAUAAGUUACUGAGAAUUUAGACUGACUUAACUUGGAGGUUCUUCUAAAUAUAUUGGAUGGAAUUAAAAAUUGAAUUGCUGUCAAUUCAGAUAAUUUCAGAGUGCAGUUCUUGAACUCUUCCAACUUACUGUGGCUGCAAUGGAUGAAUUAAUCAUGAAACAUUUCAGUGUGUGUGCACUGUCACAGUUCAGCACAACCUUUAUUUUCUGCAGUGACUUUGAAUGGUGGAUUUUUUUUUUUUCUGAGGAAGAAUGCACACUUCAUACUGUACAGAACUGAGAUUCUGAAAUGAAUUGUAAGAAAGGUGCAAUAUUUCAGUGUGGUGGAGCAUAAAGGUGUGUCACUUUAUUCUAUUUCAGCAGCUCUUCAGAUCUUAAAAUCCUCAGGCUUUAUUGAGAGAAGACCCCCCUCAUUUUUUAUGAGGUACAGUUCUUUUUGGUGACCUGUCUGCUAGCAUCUAGAGAUCAUGGCAUGAGAGAGAAUAGAAUUUCCAUCUUGAUCUUAGUGUGAGCAUGUAAGUAUGGAUUAAUCCAGGUGAUUAGAUGUGUCCAGUGGUUCAUCUGUUAUGUUGGAUGAAAAGGUCCUGGGUGCCACAGUAGCUGAUUGUGGCAUGUUAUCUCCAGCUGGUACUUCAGUCACUUGUGUGACAGUUAAAAUGAUAGAAGAGGGUGGAUUUCCAGGGGUUCCAUGGUAAUAAUGUAUUGCUUUGUAUUGUCGUAGUCCUGCGGUGCUUACAACCUAAGAACACAAAACAAUGCAUAUUGUCAGAUAUUCAAGCCUGAAGUAGCUGUGGGGUUUGAAGGUUCUCACAUACUACUGUGUGUUUGGGUUUUUUUUUUCCCUUUUCACAUUAUUCUUAGAACUAAUGACACAGUCAUUUUGUGGAGGGGUUGUGGUUUUGCCAGAUUCUUGUCUUUCCCUGCAAUAUGCUGUGUGCUUACCCAGGGAAGGUCUGAGUCAUCAUCUGUGGAGGUAUUGUGUAGAUGUGGCACUUAGGGACAAGGUUUUAGUGGUGGACUUGGCAGGGUUAGGUUUACGGUUGGACUUGAUGAUCUUAAAGGUCUUUUUCAACCAAAACAAUUCUGUGAAUUUGUAAUGGAUACUUGUGGCGUUAGUCAAACAGUUGGAAUUUUAGUUAAACCUGGUCUUGCUGAUUCAAGUGUUGGCCAUUGUGGCUGCCACAUUGUUUUACAGUAAGUUUCCUACAGAUUAUUGGGUUCAGAUAGAUAAAGAAGAGUAACAGACUGCUAAAAUAAUUCAUUCUUGUAAGUGCUUUUUCAAAAACCAGUAAAAUCUCUGCUUUUUAUUCACAGAUAAAAAAUGUCAAGCUUAAAAGCAAAAUACAGACAAACAGAAAAAGCUCAUAGUUGUAUAGCUCCAUGGUACUGAAGCUGUAUAUCUAGGUGCUUGGUACCCACUGUAAUAGGAAUGUAAUAAAUUUGCACUCUGUAAUGUUAAUGAUUUGCUUCCAUAGUAACUUUUUCUCUAAAAAGGCUUAGAAGGAGCACUGAAAGUCUGAAUGCAAUAGGACUGUAAACAAUAGAGAACAUUCUUUUCUAAUAUGAUUAUAAAUAUGAGGAGGAAAGCUAACUGCCUAAUGAACCUGUCUGAUUUGUGUGUGUAUCUGAUGUCAUCCUUUGUCACUUUUAAGAUAUUAUAUAUUUUUCUUUAUCUGGGAUACUGAUUAAAAGAUGGUUAUAGUACACUCAGUAUGGGGUGCUUACUAAGAAAAGCAAGAAAAGUCUUUGCAAGACUUUCCUGGGCUUAACUUUAGUUCUCAUAUUGUGGUUUGAAACCUGUGAAGAUCAUUCUCUGGGGAAAAAAUAAUAAAAAAACCUCAACCUGCUUGAACUUAUUAAUAUGCAUUUACAUCAGAGUGCAUAUGCAAUACAGAAACAGAAAAAUGGCAAUAUUCACUGUUCAUCUAUACUGAAUGGCCUGAAGCCAUUUCUUUUAUCUUGACACCCUUUCAGUUUUGAAACCAGUUGAUGGAUUGGUCUAUAAAUAUUAACAAACCUGACUGUUUUGAGGGGCUCUUGAAGUUCAUUCUUAUAAGCCAGGUUUUUGUGGCAAAUGUUGUUAGAUUUAUUGGUUUAAUGUUCUUCAGUUUGUUAAUAUUGCAGUUCUUGGGCAUAGAAAACACAAGUCAACAUGCCAUUUUCUAUUUUAAGGAUUGCAAAGAUAGUUUAUUAAUUUACCAGGAGCAAAUCCUAGGAAUAUUCAAAGCUUGUCUAUUUUGACUGUUAACUCUGAGUAAUCAUAUUUCCGUUCUCUCUCAUCUGGCUAACUUAAAACAUUUCAAAAUUACAAAUUAAUUCUUGAAAUUAAAAAAAAUAAAUUAUAAUAUUGAAGCCUUGAAUAUAGUUCAUAACCAAAGCAAGGGGGAAAUGGGGUUUUGUGAUUUUCUUUUUUUUGGAGGAGAGAUGGGUUAUAUAUUAGGGUAUAUGGUACAGCUUACAUUGAGGUGAUUUUUUUUUUUCCCCAGGUUCUCUGCUAAUUGUAUUGCUAAAAUGCACUUUUGUAUAGAAAACUGUCUCUGUACAUUCUGUAUCUACUUUCCACAAUGUUUAUAGAGAUUUUUCUGAAGUCUUGAAGGAUUUACUGAAAGUUGCAAUGCUGGUGACUGAUGCUGUCGACUUCAAGUUUUCAUUGUAUUUGAAAAUAGUUAUGUGCAUAUUGAAGUACGGGUUGGAAUUAAAAUUGAUGACAUAGCAAAGAUA